GCAUGUUUCCCAUACGACUAAAAACAGUUUUCACCCAACAACGAAUGUUCCUGAAAAACGUGCGGAACCUCGGCUUCAAAACCAAACAUUAGCUCAGUGUAAGAAGAAAAUUGAAGAGUGAAGGACGUUGCUCUCACAAUGCCAUUCAUGAGGCGCCUAGGGAUUGUAAUAGCCCAGUCAUUGGCAACGAAGCACCAGAAACGUCAUGUUGCAUCUCUACAAAGUUUAUGUAGAAAUGCUUCCCACACUGUCUCAGCAGCCAAGGAGUUCCAGGAAGGAAACAACAGGAACUCCAAUCACAACUCCUCUUACACCCGCACAGCUCUGGGACUAGGAGCAGGUCUCCUCCUAGGAGCCACAGCAAAGACGUUGUAUGACGAAAGAACGAAGGACAAAGAAUUCCCCAAAGGCAUUCUUCCAGCAGUUCAAGCAUCUAGCCCUUUGCCUCCUGAGGAUGGCUCCGUAGGAAAGGAGAAUGCUCCAACCUAUUUCAGGAAGAGGGAUAUGUUCAAUUUUGUUGCGGACGCUGUUGAGAAAGCUUCAGCUGGCGUGGUCUUUAUUUCCAUAAGUGAUACAAGGAGGCACAUUGUUCGGAAUCAUCAACAUCUGUCAAAUGGAUCGGGUUUCAUUGUGGGUGAAGACGGACUCAUUCUCACCAAUGCUCAUGUUGUCAGCAAUUUUCCACAGUCUGCUGCCAUUAAGGUUCGUCUACUAGAUGGCAAAGAGUAUUCUGCAGUUGUAGAAGAAAUUGACACUGUAUCAGAUUUAGCUUUGUUAAGAAUCAAUUGUACGGGACUUACUCCGCUAAAACUUGGGGACUCAAGUGCCGUAAGACCAGGGGAGUUUGUAGCUGCCUUAGGCUCUCCUCUAUCACUGUCAAACUCUGUCACUGUGGGUGUUGUUUCAUCAACCGAUCGAGGGAGUGGCGAGCUCGGCUUACGAGGGAGAGACAUGCAGUACAUCCAGACCGAUGCAGCCAUUACUUUUGGCAACUCAGGGGGCCCUCUAAUCAACUUGGACGGAGAAGUCAUUGGAAUAAAUUCCAUGACGGUAACUUCGGGAAUCUCAUUUGCCAUCCCUGUAGAUCAUGCCAAGGCGUUUAUGAACAAAGCUGAGAAGAAAAGAGUUGAUCUAGCCAAAUAUCCAAAACCAAGUACUGCACAGCGGCGAUAUUUAGGCGUUACUAUGCUGACCCUGACAAAGUCCAUUCUGCAAGAGCUGCAGUCUAGAGGUGGUCCCAUGUCGAGUAUUCCAUCAGACAUCGCACAAGGGGUCUUCAUAUGGAAAGUUGUUGUGGGCUCUCCAGCAUAUCAAUCAGGGCUGAUACCCGGGGACAUCAUUACCCAUAUCAACAAUGAUCCAGUGGCAUCAUCAAGAGAUGUCUACAGAAGCCUGGAACAGAAAGGAGAUUUGGUUAUGGUGGUGGUACGCAACGGCCAACGCUAUAAAGUCGUUGUUUCUCCAGAAGUGUAACAACCAGGGUCACGAGAGCUCAAUGACAAGAAAGAUUAGAUGGCAAAUGUUGUUAAGAAGCUUUAUAUUUUUUUUUUUUUCAGUAUUGUACUUAGAAAUAGUAACCGGUUUCUUUUUAUAGAAAAUUUAAUGCCUUCAGAGUAAAUGGAAAAAGGAAACAAAGUUUUAUUGUAACGGACAAAAACAAAUGACAGAAGUAUUACUUAGAGUGCCACAGGAGUCAAAGUGCCUGAUAUGUAUACUGUUCUUUAAAAGGAAGAUACAUCAAAAACUUUCAUAAUCGAGGAAUGUGUUGCUCAUUGUUUUGUGUCAUGAGUAGAAUCUAUUUUUUAAGGAAAUUCUAGCUGUGAUAGUCUUCUGUAAGUUGUUUCAGAUUUUGAAUGAUUAUGUGAUUGAUUUUGGAGUUGUUUAACUACUGUUUAAUUUGGUAAAUUAUGUAUAUUGGUUAGUGAUAAACAACUGCUCAAGAAAAUAAAAGCAUAUAUAUA